UCCAGGUCAUACAAAGAAAAAGAAGGCAAAAAGGCUGAUAGUGUGGAUACAAGGAAAAGACUUGGAUUGAUUUUUUCACCUUUUCUUUUGAUUCCCUUUCAAUUAUUUUGUCUGUCCAGUAAAAGUUAGUUUUUUCUUACUGUUCCUAACCUAGUAAAGACAAACUUUUUUACUAUCAGUUACAGCUACCUCAGAUUGGAUGAAACCUUUUCUUCCUUCUUUUCCUAUUUUGAAAAGUUCCAAGACUUUACUAAAAGCACAUUUUUAUUGGUAAUUUCAUGUCAAAUUUGAGGUUUGUAACUAACACCCUUAUAAAGAUUUUAUCUUUUAGGACAACACGGUGCACUAAGCUCCUGCUAUGCAUGAGGUUCGAAAAAUGGCCGAACCACAAGGGUCUAGUACGCAGUCUUAUCUUGCAGUCUGAAACUCCCAUUUUAUAUUUAGGGCAACCUGGUGCACAAAGUAUUCCAUAUUUACGCAUGAUUCGCGGAAGGGCAGUACUCCUUGUGAUGUAGACAGAGAUACACCCUUAGUGGCUGCUUCCACGACUCGAACCCUGAUCUACAGGUCACACUGAGACAAAUUUAACGCAUUCAAGAUUUUAUCUUAUUAUAAGAUAUUCUUGCUGUGUGGGAAAUCUUAGACACCUUUAUGCCAAUUAUCUUUCUACACAAGGGAAUCAAAAAGUACUUGUACAACUGACAAGUUCAUUUGCAGCUAUAGGAGGAGGAAUUGGAGGGGCAGUUGUCCUCUUGGGAGUAAUUUUCUUUUUAUGCUUUUGCGCGUUUCGCAACAGGAAGAAUUCAAAUAAGAAUUCAGACAGUGCUUCUUCAGAUCCAUCUGCAGUAGUUACAAUGGAGCUGAAAAGGGGAGGACCAAGCCCAUCUUUUAAGCAGUUCAGAAUGGAAGAGUUGGAGAAAGCCACAAGAAAUUUUGAUGAGGGCAAUCUCAUUGGUUGUGGGAGUUUUGGUCUAGUUUUCAAAGGAUUGCUUUGUGAUGGAACUGUGGUGGCUAUAAAAAGGCGUUCGGGGAAUCCUAAACAGGAGUUUAAUGAAGAGGUGGCUUAUUUAUCAACGAUUCAACACCGCAACCUGGUUAAUCUUUUAGGCUACUGCCAAGACAGUGGAUACUCAAUGCUGGUUUUUGAGUAUUUUCCAAAUGGAAGCAUGUGCAAUCACUUGUAUGAUACAGGAAAGGACUCUGCAACAAAGCUAGAAUUCAAGCAAAGGUUAUCUAUUGCUAUUGGAACAGCCAAAGGUUUAAGUCAUUUACAUGGCCAACGCCCUUCAAUAAUCCACGGGAACUUUAAAACAGCUAAUGUUUUGGUUGAUGAGGACUUCAUUGCUAAAGUUGCAGACGCGGGGAUUCUGAAGCUACUCGAGAAAAUUGAUGAUGCAGGUCCUUCUGGCCUGAGUUCUGUCAAUGCUUUUAGAGAUCCAGAGAUAAACCAAAUUGGAAUUCUCUGUGAGACAAGUGAUGUUUACAGCUUUGGAGUAUUCCUGUUAGAGCUCAUAACUGGAAAGGAGGCUUCACAUAUAGAUGAAUUUGGAUCAAACCAAAGUAUACUUGAAUGGGUUGAGAAACAGCUGAGUUCAGACCAAUUAGUGGAUCAUAGGCUGCUGGGAAGCUUCACGGCGGAGGUAAUGAGGGAUUUGAUCAAGUUAGCAUUGAGAUGCAUGAGUUUUCCUGGUCGAUAUAGGCCAACGAUGGAAACAGUCGUGUUGGAUCUUGAAAGGAUUCUUGAGAAGGAGCAGAUGCACACAACUGUUAUGGGAGAAGGUACUUCAAUAGUUACUCUUGGGAGUCAAUUGUUUACAAACUGAAGCAAAGAGAUCUCGUCUUGAUCUUCACAAAAUCUUCUAUUUAACUUGAAAGAUUUCGGCCUGCAAGAAACAACAAGUAAAUGUACAUUAGCUUGAAUGGCUUUUCCUCUCUCCUAUCCUGCUUAAUUUUACAAAGCUAGAGAGGCAAAAGGGCGUGGCCUGAAAUAUUAAUGGGCAACCAAAUUUUUUUAAGUCCAAUAGCCUAGCAGACCUGAUACGCGUUGAAGGGCAUUAUUGUUUGAUUUGUGAUAAUUUAUAUCCUGCUUGAUAGAGCUGCAAUGCUGAAAAAAUAUUAAGUGCAAUCUCGUGUUCUUUUUACAUUAAUGUAACUGAAAAGUAACUAAUAUUUUUGCUAGUUUCAAUUAUUUA